AUGUCUUUUAGAGGUGCUGGUAAUGCUGGGUUUAACGAUUCUCCCAUGGAGUCCCAAUCGUUUGGUUCCUUCCCUAACCUAGGUAUGGUGAACGGCAAUGCUGGAAGCGGCAAGAUGAGAGCCCCGCAGUCGAACCCACUAAACCAGUUCAAAGCCAAUUUUGACACGUUUGCCGAAAAAGUGGAAAGUCUUACCGACACAGCAUUGGUGCGGAAGUUGCAACCCUAUAUCCCGGGCAUUGCGAGGUUUUUCAUUGUGGCCACUUUUUACGAGGAUUCCUUGCGGAUUCUGACGCAGUGGACUGACCAAGUGUUCUACUUGCACGAGUGGAAGCGGUACCCAUACUUUUUUGUCAUUCUGUUUCUGUUUGUGGUCAGUAUUGUGAUGUUUGUUGGAGCGACGUUGCUGAUUCUAAGAAAGCAGACCAACUAUGCUACGGGCGCGCUCUGCGGGUGCAUUGUCUUGCAAGGGCUCGUGUACGGUUUAUUUGGUGGAUCUGCGUUCGUGUUGAGGAACUUCAGUGUCAUUGGGGGGCUUCUGAUUGCCUUCAGUGACUCGAUUGUGCAGAACAAAACCACUUUUGGGAUGCUUCCGGAGCUGCACGACAAGAAUAAGCAAUUCAGGGGAUACCUGCUCUUCGCCGGUAGAAUCUUGAUCGUUCUGAUGUUCAUUGGGUUCACUUUCAGCAAGUCGUGGUUUACCGUCAUUUUGACUCUGAUCUGCACGGUGGGCUUUGCCCUCGGCUACAAGACGAAAAUGGCCUCGAUCUCCCUCGGGCUGAUCCUUGCCUUCUACAACAUUACUUUGAACAACUACUGGUUCCAUAGCCAGACCAGAAGAGACUUCCUCAAGUACGAAUUCUACCAGAACCUCUCGAUCAUCGGCGCCCUGAUGCUCAUCACAAACACGGGCGCGGGCGACCUGUCCAUCGACAGCAAGAAGAAGGUCUACUGA